CGGACCUGGGGCGGAGCUAAAACUUCGGCGGUUGAACCGCUUGAGAGGUGGAGAGUCCGUGGAAGAGGGAUCCUGGCCAUGGACCAGCCAGCUGGCCUGCAGGUGGACUACAUCUUCCGGGGUGUGGAGCAUGCUGUGCGAGUGCUGGUCUCGGGGCAGGUGCUGGAGUUGGAGGUGGAGGACCGGCUGACAGCUGAUCAGUGGCGAGGAGAGUUCGAUGCCAACUUCAUUGAAGACUUGACUCACAAGACGGGGAACUUCAAGCAGUUCAGCAUCUUUUGUAACAUGCUGGAGUCGGCCCUCACCCAGAGCAGUGAGUCCGUCACCCUGGACCUGCUUACCUACACAGACCUGGAGUCCCUGCGGAGCCGCAAGCUGGGGGGCCGCGCGGGUGCCUCAGCCCCCAGGUCAGCCCAGCUCAACUCUAAGCGCUACCUCAUCCUCAUCUAUUCCGUGGAGUUUGACAGGAUUCACUACCCGCUGCCCCUCCCGUACCAGGGCAAGCCGGACCCUGUGGUCCUGCAGGGCAUUAUCCGUUCACUGAAGGAGGAGCUGGGUCGCCUUCGUGGUGUGGAUGGCGGCCAGGACGUUCGUGAUACACGGGAGACAGAGAUCUGGCACCUGAGGGAGCAAGUGAGCCGCCUGGCGUCCGAGAAGCGCGAGCUGGAGACGCAGCUGGGCCGCUCCCGAGAGGAGGCCCUGGCCGGGCGGGCGGCGCGCCAGGAGGCCGAGGCGCUGCGCGGGCUGGUGCGGGACCUGGAGCUGGAGCUGCGGCAGGAGCGUGGCCUCGGGGGCCGGGCUGCUAGCCGCCGCAGCCAGGACUGCCGCCGCCUAGCCAAGGAGCUCGAGGAGGUGAAGGCGUCGGAGCGCAGUCUGCGUGCCCGGCUGAAGACGCUCAACAGCGAGCUAGCCCUGUACAGAAGGGGGAGACGCACCCUGCCGCCGGCUCCCGCCCGGGAGGACCGAGCUUCGUCGUCCCGGGAGCGCUCCACGUCUCGCGGCCGUGCGGCCACUCGGUCCUCAUCACGGGAGAGCGGCCAUGGCGCGCGGGGUCGCGGCCGGCCUGCACGCCCCUCGCCCUCACCCACAGGUGGUCGUGCGCCCCGUUUUGACCCCACAGCCUUUGUGAAAGCAAAGGAGAAGAAGCAGAGAGAGAUCAGGAUGAAGCAGCAGCAGCAGCGGAACCGAAUGGGCAGUGGAGGAAGCGGAGAUGGUCCGUCAGUCUCAUGGUCCCACCAGACUCGGCCCGCUGCUGCCGUGACAGGCCGAGGGGACGCCGCCGUCCGCUCCCGGAACCGCAGCUCUUCGGUGGACAGUUUCCGUAGCCACUGCUCGUCGGUCAGCUCCUGCAGCGAGUUGGAGGAUUUCUCCCAGUCGGUUUCCAGAAGUGGUCGCUGCCGUGGCCGAGGAAAACCAGCCAGCCCGACACCCUGGAGCGGACCCAAGACGAAGUCUACCACUCGAGACUGCAACAAUCAUCAGAGACACCUGGCCAGUUCUGGGGGCUGGGUGCCCAUCAAGGAGUACAGCUCCGACUACCAGGGAGCUGACAUGGCAGAGAUAGACGCCCGCCUGAAGGCGUUGCAAGAAUACAUGAACCGGCUGGACACACGAUCAUGACCCUGAGAGCUGGUACCCGGAUUUCCCGUUCUACCAUUAGUGGGUCUGGUGUGGAGGCAGCGCCCCUCCCAUGCUCCACACUUCCUGGUACUUCUGGCGUCUCAGGUGUGUGAGGCCCUGACUCCCUCCUCUCCCCCAGUAGAGCAUUCUAGGGGAAGAGGAUAUGUGUAUUUUGUAAAUAAAUGUGGCAGUUCUGGAAUAUUCACUUAGCUUAUAACUCAAGGGUAGGAAUGGAGUGCGCAGAAGUGAGG